UCUAGUCAGUCGAGCAAGCCCACACAGGAAGGCCAGGUAUAUGAGAAACAGACAUUAUAAACUACUUUAUCCUGUAUACCGUGUGUGGGACAGAUUGUAGGAUUCUGCAACAACAACAACAAAAGAGAUUUUCGUUUUUAUUGUGUGUGUGUGUGUGUUUUUUUUUCAUCCAUUUCCCUCCAGAGUUACUACAACACUUUUACUCGACAACACCUAAGAGUAUAAUUAAUGGCCGAGAAGCUUCGUCUGGUAUUUUCCCAUUAGAAUAUCUUCAAAUUAACAAUACGAUGGAAGAGAGAAGCUUGACACUCGCACAGAGCCAAAAUAGCCAAACGAGCCAACAGCGGACUUGUGUGACGAGACCUGCUCUCAAUGCUUUUAUACCGAGAGAUAGGUAUACAGAGUUCGAACAGAAUACGGCUGAUCGAAGCAGAAACUUGACAGACUUCAGAACUAAAGUUUUCUGGAUUUUUUCCUGUUUGCAGUGUAGUUUUGAUGUGGGGGAGCAUCAAACCGGGAAUUUCGACAACACGAGGUUGAAGUCACGUGGAUGUGCAAAUGCACAUCAAAAUGGACGUUUAUUUGAGAAAAGCCCGGGAUUAUACGGACCACAUCUGGAUAUUCAGACAACCCCAGGAAUAUGCAUAUCAUAUCAGGACAAUCCGAUAACCUCGAGUUUAUGUGUACCACAUCAGGACAGUCAGACAAUGAGAGAAUUACAGCUAAGCCCAUGUGUCGAGCAAACGAGAUUAUGGAGACCGUUUGAAAUGAGCAUGCAACCUAGUACUGUCCAGAAACCAACUGUGAAGCACGCAACAAUGACCAAUGAACACAUUCCAAUUACAUCCCCCAUUUUCUCGGGCCUUUUCAGUGUUUCCUUUUCUCGUCUCGAAAAAAAGCCCGAUAAUCGAAGUUCCGCGUUUAGUGUCGUCAAGAAGAAAUUUCUGAAAUGUCCAAAAUGUAAAGUUUCUUUUUCAAAUAAUGGACAACUUACUGGACAUAUGCGAAUUCAUACAGGGGACAAACCUUUCAAGUGCACAUUCGAAAAUUGUGGGAAGGCCUUCGCACGAAAUGAGGAGCUAACACGACAUCGGAGGAUCCACAGCGGUGAUAAGCCUCACGAAUGUAUGGUUUGUAAAAAACGUUUUGGCCGCAAGGAUCAUCUCAGCAAGCAUCAAAAAACUCACUUGAAAACUUCGGAAAAGAAAACUCAUUUUUGCAACUUUCCAGAUUGUGGUCAUAUGUACACCAGGUCAGACGCACUGACCCGGCACCAGUACACUGCCCAUGGGCUACGAAGUCAAAGUUCAAUAACGCAGUAUCAAAAUUAUAAAGAGAGUGACGUCUUCUCGUUUUAAAAACAUAAAAAAACGUGGUGGCGAAAGGGCGAAAAGGGCGACAUGAGGCUCAGGAAUUAAAGUGAAGGGUGCAGUUUUGAAAUGGUCAACCAAUCGAAAUGGUCAAACAAUACCACCUUCUGACUUUCAGAUAAAACUCCAUAAUUAAGAUUAAGAAAACAUUUGAAAUAUAAAUGAUAUUUAAUCUGUGAUAAAAAAAACAGAGCUACAAGGAUUGCAGGGCUACAAAGAUUGCAGCUCUGAGGAUUGCAGAGCUACAAGUUGUUCAUUAGAAAAAACACCUUAUGACCUACAUGUAGAUGCUAAUAGAUACGUUUCUGAUUCAUUAUUCUCUUACGAUGUCCAGCAGUCUUUUCCAAACAUUUAGACGAUGGGAAUCUUUAUCUGAAAAAAAGAGUCGUUCUGUGGUAUUCGCCUUAAGAGGCUCUGCGGUAAACCUGUAGGCUGAUAACACUAAAAAUCUGGUUUCGACACCCGCGGUGGGCUGAACGCCGUAGCUCUAUGUGUAGCUUUGUGCUUAACAACAAUAACAAAACAAAAAAAAACUUCGUAAUUUUCUUUACAUUUCUAUUUACACUUUCUCUGGUUUCGUUGUUUUUCCGUCUUCUUAAAAUCGUCUAAAAUUAAAAACUCUGUAUAUCUAGAAAACUUAAAUGAAGAUCUAAGAUCAUAGAGUAAUAUUUUAACCACCACCUAGUGGAAUAUUUCAGAACUAUCAUGGAACACGCACACAAGUAAUGAAGUCUUUCUAAAGAAGGCGACAACAGAAACAUAUGUUUUAUAGGACAUAUCAAUGGAAAAGGAGGCACUGAAAACAUCAUUAUGACAGAAAAAAGUCCCAGGAAAGAACAGUAAAGGAAGACAAAGACAGGUAGGUGUCAAUUGCCAAGAAACUAGGAAUUGGCAAUAUAGAACUGAUUAGAGCUAACGGGAGACAGGGAUCAGUGGACGACCAUUCUCACCAACGCCCUAGAUGGGCGUGGUACUUAGAGAGAGGGAGAGAUUAGAAAGUUUGGAUAUUAAACUUGUGUAAAGAAUGUGAUUUCUUUUCCUUAGUUACAUCGUCAACACUAAUUUUUGUGAUAAAAGAAAAACUUGCUGGACCUGAUAUCAAAGCAUCAGCUGGUUUGUUUGUUUGUUUGAAGUUAAGCACAAAGCUACACAAUGGACUACCCUUGCUCUGCCCACCACGGGUAUCGAAACCCGGUUUCUAACGUUGUAAGUCCUCAGACAUACCGCUCAGCCACUGGGGGGGGGCGCAUCAGUCUUGCAAGUAACACAAAUUAGUUUUAAAACUAUUUAAAGAGUUUCAAAGAAACUAGCGAGUAUGUUA